AGAGAGCAAGAAGGCGAUGUUGAGGUGGUCCGAUUUGAUGCAUCAAAGCAGCAGCAAGUCUGAGAAGCCGUAUGGAUUUCAAUACAACGUACCCUCUGUAGCUCGAGCAUGAGGAUGCUGACGUCAGAUAGACAUGGAAAAGUAUGAAAAGGUGAAGAAGAUUGGGGAGGGGUCCUUUGGAAAGGCCAUCCUCGUCCAAUCCAAGGAAAAUGGACGACAGUUUGUCAUCAAGGAGAUUAACAUCUCUCGGAUGUCCAAUAAGGAAAGACAGGAAUCGCGGAAAGAGGUGGAGGUCCUUGCAAACAUGAGCCACCCCAACAUCGUCCAGUACAAAGAGUCGUUCGAAGAGGGAGGAUGUCUGUAUAUUGUGAUGGACUACUGUGAGGGUGGGGACCUGUUCAAGAAGAUCAACUCCCAGAAAGGAUCGUUGUUCCCCGAGGAGCAGAUUCUUGAUUGGUUUGUUCAGAUCUGUCUGGCUCUGAAGCACGUUCACAACCGCAAGAUCCUCCACAGGGACAUCAAAUCACAGAACAUAUUUCUGACCAAAGAUGGAACAGUCCAGUUGGGAGACUUUGGGAUUGCCCGGGUGCUCAAUAGCACUGCGGAGCUAGCUAGGACAUGCAUUGGGACGCCCUACUACCUUUCACCUGAGAUCUGUGAAAACAAACCCUACAAUAAUAAGAGUGAUGUUUGGGCCCUGGGGUGUGUCCUGUAUGAAAUGUGCACCCUUAAGCAUGCAUUCGAGGCCGGCAACAUGAAGAACCUGGUCCUGAAGAUCAUCCGCGGGUCCUACCCCCCAGUGUCGACCCACUACUCCCAGGACCUGCGCUCCCUCCUGGGCCUGCUGUUCAGACGCAACCCCCGGGAACGGCCUUCAGUCAGCAGCGUGUUGGACAAGCCCUUCCUCUCUCACCGGAUACACCGGUUCCUCACACCGCAGGUUCUUGCUCAGGAAUUCAGCCAUGCCUUCCGACUCAAGCAGCCAGGAGUAUGUGCUGCGCAGGUGGCACCAGCAAAACGGUCUGCCCCUGCCGCCACGCCCCUAGCCCCGGCCCAGAAGAUCACCAAACCAGCUGCCAAAUACGGAGUGCCUUUGAUCGUCAGGAAAACCUCAGAACCAGCCAAGAAUCCUGCCGACAGGAAGCCAGCGGCGAAACACAAACCGGCCCUUCCCCCAGCAGUCAACCAGAGAAGAGUGAGUCGAGUGGAGGAAGAGAGGAGAAAAUAUGAGGAAGGCGCGAGGAAGAAGAGGAUGGAGCUGAUAGAGAGGGAGAGGAAGCACAGGGAGCAGAUGUUCCUGUUGAGAGCAGGACAGAUGAAGAGGCUGGAGAGGGAGAAGGUGAACAGGAUCAACCGGGCGAGAGAGCAGGGCUGGAGGCACGUCCUCACCUCCAGUGGGGGCAGCAGUCCCGAGAGGAAGCAGAGUUUUGGAGGUGGUGGUGGGGUGGGGGCGGGUCCAGACCUGGCCCCUGGUCCUUCUCCCAGCCCAGCCCCAGGCCUUGCCAGAGGCCUGUAUGAGCAGUACCACUCCGCCCUGGACCUUCUAUGCAAACCCCAGCCCAGAGAGGGUGCCAGAGAGCCAGGGCCUGCCAUGGGGGACCAUAUUCCCAUCAGGGGGGUGCCCGCUGCGGCCGGUCCGGUCCUGCCCAGCAGUGUUGCCCGUGCGCCGGACCGCGUGGCGGUGAGGAGAGAGCUGAGGAGGCUGGAGCAUGUGACCAAACACGCCCACAACAGCAGGCAGCGUGGCCAGAUGGUGGCGGGGAGGGCGUGUCAGGUGGAGGAGUUCCUGCAGAGGAAGAGGGAGGCCAUGCUGAACAAGGUCCGCGCGGAGGGACAGCUGGGAGCUCGGCAAAACCUGGCAGCCGUCUACGGAGGCCGGGGGGGCCGCUCUGCCCCCUGCAGGAGGCCCAAGGAGGAGGAGGAGUAUCUGGCCAGACUGAGGCAGAUCCGGCUGCAGAACUUCAACGAGCGUCAGCAGCUGAAGGCCCGUCUCAGAGGACAGAAGUACGACAGUGAUGGUUCUGACAGCCAGGAGUCCAGUGAGGAGGCGGAACUGAGGAGGAAGAAGAUUGAAGCUCUGAAGGCCCAGGCCAAUACCCGGGCUAGCAUACUGAAGGAGCAGCUUGAGAAGAAGAGGAGAGAAGCUUAUGAGAGAGAGAAGAGGGCUUGGGAGGACCAUCUUGCAGCUCGAGGCUUCAAGGUUGCCAUGGUAGCGAAUGGUGCGGUAGCUGCUGUAGCCCCUCCCCCUCCUCAACCAGGCCCCGCCCCUCCUCAGGAAGCUGUAGCUAAAGCCCCACCCGCAUCCAAACCCUCUGCUCCAGUCAUCUCCAUGACGGCCGCGCUGAAGGACGUUGGUGCAAUUUCUCCCCUGAAGGAGGAGUCUAGUCAGGCAGAGGGAGCUGCAGUCAUACUGAGUGAGAAGAAGGAGAUUCUUCGCAGACUGAACCACAACCUGAAGAUCCAAAGCCCAGAAGAGAACCCUGACAUAAAGAGCCAGGGUCCAGAACAAAACCAGAACCAAGACACCCACAGCCCAGCACAGAACCAGGACCAGAGAACCUCAAACCUGGAGGAGAACCAGGAGAAGGAGAAGAAGAAUAAAGAAGAGGAGCAACACGGCUCGGCUCCACACUCUGAUGGAAAACGCCCCGCCCCCCUGCAGAAUCAACCAAUCGGCGAGGGGCAUCCGUCAUCCGCUGGAGACAGGAAGAGGUGGGAGGCUGGAGGUCCUUCGGUCCUCUCUGUGGCCCAACAGACCCUGGAGGAGACGGGCACUAGGACAGCAGGCCCCCAGACUCUGUCCCCAGAAGAGAGGCCGUGUUCUGGGGGAGAUCGGAAGCGGUGGGAAGCCGGAGGUCCUCCGGUCCUCUCUGUGGCCCAGCAGACUCUGGAGGAGACCUGCUUCAGGACGGCUGAGCACACUACUGGUGAGGUGAUCUGCAUGGAGGCUCUGCAGGAAGAGGAAGUCCCCAGGAAAGCGUGGGGGCGGAGCCCCGAUUCUCGGGUGCUGAAGGUUCUUCAGGAGGCGGAGCUUCAGCCACUCACUCAGCUGCUGGAGAAUGUCAGCAUCUGCAGGGAUGCACUUGCUGUCUGCAAAGAUCCACUUCCUGUCUGCAGGGAUCCACUUCCUGUCUGCAGGGAUGCACUUGCUGUCUGCAAAGAUCCACUUCCUGUCUGCAGGGAUCCACUUCCUGUCUGCAGGGAUGCACUUUCUGUCUGCAAAGAUCCACUUCCUGUCUGCAGGGAUCCACUUCCUGUCUGCAGGGAAGCACUUGCUGUCUGCAAAGAUCCACUUCCUGUCUGCAGGGAUCCACUUCCUGUCUGCAGGGAUUCAGUCGCUGUCUGCAGGGAUCCACUUCCUGUCUGUAGGGAUCCACUUUUUGUCUGCAAAGAUCCACUUCCUGUCUGCAGGGAUCCACUUCCUGACGGCCAAAAGCAGAGGGUGGAUAUGGAGGCUGUGGGAGGAGCCAAGGCGGCGACACCAACUGAGCUGACCCCUCCUGUUGUGGGUCAGAGGGCAGAGGUCAGGGGUCAGGCCAUAGGGGUGACCUCUGGGGACACGCUGGGGCAGGAGGAGAACCCGGCCUUCCUACAGGAGAUGCUGCCAACACCGUCUGCAGGUGUGGAAGAACCAGCAGACCUGGAGGCCGUGGUCCUGGAGGACGGCCCCAGGCAGGCCUCACAUCCCCCUGCUGGAGUAGUGCUGGCGUGGGAGCACGAGGCCACCAAGCCUGGGCCACCAGAGGGCAGUGUAACUCCAGCAGAGACUGAAGAUGCUUCAGAGAAACCAGAGACUCAACCCGAACCCUCAGCUGUCUCAGUGUGCGAGGAGCCCCUCUUCAAGCUCCUCUCCCCGGCCCACCGUCGCACGGCCGCCCUGGCCGUCCUCUCGGCCCAGUCCUCCCUGGACGAGUCCUCCUCGUCCCUGGCCUCGCGCUCGCGCUCCGUGUCCCCGCUGCGCUCCAGGAACCACCAGGCCCUCUUCAUCGGACUCUCCACCGGCAUGUUCGACGCCAACAACCCCAAGAUGCUAAGGACCUGCUCCCUGCCAGACCUCAGCAGAGUAUUCAGCUGUGUGCAGGACCCGGCAGGGCCUGGCGAGGAGGCCGCCCCCCUGCCCCCCCUGGAGAUAGACGACCUGGAGGAGGAGGGGGCCGUGAAGGACGAGGACAACUCCGAGACUGAGGACGUGUACGAGGACGAGGACUUGCGUGAGCUGCGGGCCUCCAUGGAGAGACUCCUGCAGGAGGAGGAGGAGGAGGAGGAGGAGGAGGAGGAGGAGGAGGAGGAGGAGGAGGAGGAGGAGGAAGAGGAAGAGGAGGGAGACUUCAACGGAAACCCCCCCGGGGAGGAAGAGGAGAACGGGCCUGCUGCUGGAGGGGAGGAGGACGGCCUCACAGGCAUGGUGGUGGACGACCAUGAGGAUGAAGAGGAGGAGGAAGAGGAGGGCUCUAACCGGAGCGUGGGGGAGGAAGACCCAGGAGAGACGCUCACGAACGGCUUGGGGGAGGAGCCUCAGAGCAGCGAGAGCCAGCUCAACGAGGAGUGGCAGUCAGACGGGAGCGGCGAGGAGGAGGAGGGCGAGGCGGAGGAGCGGGACAGCAUCUUCAGCCGCCUGGAGGAGCUGCGCUUCAACCUGGAGCAGGAGAUGGGCUUUGAGAACUUCAUCGAGGCCUACAACAAGAUCAAGGCGUUUCACGAGGACGAGGAUGAGAACAUUGACAUGGGCUCCAGCAUGGUGCUAAGCAUCCUGGGAACUGGGCACCAGCACCUGUACCCCAACAUCCUGCACCUGGUAAUGGCAGACGGAGCUUACCAGGAAGAUAAUGAUGAAUAGGGGUGUGUGUGACCGAGGCCUCGGCAGCAAAGGACAAUCUGACGUCUUCCCAUGAUGCUCAGCGAGAGCCAGAGGACGGCCUCUGAUUGGCCCCGGGGGCGUCCAUGCAUGAUGAACAUUGUGUACGACUUCACAUCCUGCUUCCACACUCAACAUUCUGAUAUUUACUUUACCACUGGCAUCCGUGUGACAGAGACAAGUUGACCUGUCUAGUAACCAAAGUGACACUUAUUGUUUUGUCAACUGUAGAUGUCUAUGUUUGUAUUUCAGAGGGUUUUUUUCCUGUAUUGUCAGGUGUGUGCUGGUAGAAGCAAGCAUGUUUGGCCAGUGAGGAGGAACACGGUAGACCCACAAGUAUUGUUGGUGAAUCUUCAGUAGAUCCACAAGGAUCUGUCAGUAGAUUCUUCGGAUCUUCUCACAGAUCCAGUUGCUUCUCAUUCCGGACUGCAGUCACGACUGUACCUUCAGAAACCAGGUCAACCUCAGACACUAUCUUACAUUUCUCGUUCAGAUUCCAAUUGAAACCUUUUUUCUUACUCGUGUUUUGCAUAAAGACAGAGGUCAAAGGUUAUAUAAGGCAUUUUUUCCACAUUUCUUACCGGUUCAGCUAACACUAACAAAUGCAGCGAAAGACGAGACCUUCUGGUGAGAAGGUUAUACUGUAUGUUGCCAUAGUAGCGGCUGUACUGGAUUUCUGUCUGCUUAUGUAUGUGAGAUCAGAUUGUUGAGGAUCGUAAAGAGGUAUAUAAAGAAGAAUGGCUUUAGAUUUUAAAGCACUGUUACUAUUUGAUGAUAAAGUAUAAAUACUCUAUUGUACAUCUUUAUAAUAUUCAAUAAAUGCUUACAUUUUUCACAAAA